AUGCACGAAAUUUUGACAUUACAAUUUGGACAUUUUACAAAUUUUAUAGGAACUCAUUUUUGGAAUACACAGGAUUCUUAUUUUUCAUAUGAUUUGGAAAAUGCUCAUGAACCAGGAAUUUUACACGAUGUACUUUACAGAUCAGGAAUUACUCAAAAGGGGAUUGAAACUUAUAUGCCAAGACUAUUGGUUUAUGAUUUAAAAGGUGGAUUUGGAUCAAUUAGAAAAAUGAAUAAACUUUAUGAGGAGGACCUUUCAGAUAAUAAAGAAGAAAUACAACAAAAUCAAAUUUGUUUAGAAAUUGAAGAGGAGGCAAUAAUAAAUUCUACAAAAGAUCCAAAUAUGAUGGAAAUUGAUUUUGAAGAAAAGUAUUUUGAUUUGGAUGAAAGUGUUAAGAUGUGGUCAGAUUUUAAUAAAAUUUAUUAUCACCCUAAAAGCAUAAAUCGAGUCACACAGUAUCAAUAUGAUGAUGAAUUCAUGCCAUUUGAUGUUUUUUCUUUUGGCAAAAAUGCUUAUUUAGAUCACCAAAAGGAAGAUGAGAAUUCAUUUGAUGAAAAUUUCAGAUUUUUUGCUGAAGAAUGUGAUUUAAUUCAAGGAUUUCAAAUAAUCACAAAUCUUAAUGAUGGAUUUGGUGGAUUUUCUUGUGGUUUUGUUGAACAAUUGAUUGAAGAAUAUCCAAAGAAAUCUGUUUUAACUUUUGGGAUCAAUGAAACUUUAAUAAAAAGCUCAAAUCAUAGUCAUUAUAUUAAAAAUAAUUUGAAUACGAUUUUAAGUUUAAUACAAUUGACAGACAUGUCAUCAAUGUUUAUUCCUAUGAAUGAACCUUCUAAUAAUAUAUUAAAUAAUAGUGAAUGGAACAAAUUUAUUCAUCCAAAUUUAGAUUUGUCAUAUCACUCUAGUAGUAUUAUGUCUGCUGUUAUAGAAUCAACCAUUUUACCUUUUAGAACUCGAAAUAAUUUUAUGUCAAUGGAUUCCUUCAUAGAUAAAAUGAAUUGGCUUAGAAAUACUAAAAUAGGAAGUCUUGGUGCUGUAUUUCCUUUACCUAUUAGUGUUUUUGGUGACAUAAAUACAAAAUCAUUAUUACCUAACAACAAUAUUAUGCACAAUUUUUUUGAAGGUCAAGUUAAGAAAAAGGAUAAUAUGUCAAAGUUAUACUCACAAUCAAUUAUACUAAGAGGAAUACCUGAGAUAUUUCAUACAGAAUCCAACAAACCUAAAUUAUUUUCUAAUGAUAUAAUCAAUGAAAUAUUUCAAAGUUUCGAAUCAAUCAAAUGUCCAAGUAAUUUCAAAUUUUCAACAAGCAUUGCCUAUCCAAUACCAAAUUCAUUUCCCAAGUAUUUUAAUAAUAAUCAUUUAACAAUUGACGGAUUUAUUGACUCUACAAAAAAUCCAAAUUUAAUUGUAAAUCAAAAAUCUUCCACUACAAAUGAGAAUAAACCAACUGUUAAAGAGAUUCCAAUGUUAACUCACUUUACAAUUUCUAACAAACCAAAGUUAUUUCUUGAUCAAUAUAAAGAGUUUUUAAAUAAACUUGAUUUUAAAAAUUUAAAAGAAUAUCAAGAAGGUGAUAAAGGAAUUGAUUUUGAUGAAUUUUUGGAGAUAAAAGAAUCAUUGUGUAGUCUGUCUGAAAUAUAUGAUCAAGAGUAA